CUCAGCAGAUGUUUCAGUUCCAGCUAUAUUUCCAAGGUAAAACAAAAUGAAGCUGUUUUUAUUCGUACCAUUUUCGCUAGUUUUGCUAUACGUUCAGAUAAUUAGUGCUGAACACGUAAAAUUUGAACAAGUAGUAGAGAGCUUUAUUGCCAAGGCGAAAGUAAAAAAAAUCAAAUUGAAUUCAACGUUAGAUUUCAUGCUCCAAAUAUCCGAAAAGGUUGUUGCUUUUGAAUUUCUAUGCUCGAAAGGUAUGCCCGCAUUUAUAACGAAUGAAAAAAAGAUCGAAGUGCUGGCAAAGGUUCCAGAAAGAAUGGAAAUACAUGGAAUUAAUGCGAGAGCCUUUUUUGCGAAGGAAUUCAGUUCCAUUAACUUUACACUGAAAACAACAUUCAAACAAUUGUGUGACAAUAUCAUCGAAAGACUAAAUUUCAAUUCGCCGGGAGUGUACGAUGAUACGUUCGAUGUUUCGUUCAACAAAUGGAAUGAUAGGCCAGCUAAGAGUGCAGACGUGGAAAGAAUUCAAAAGCAUUGGAAAACCAUGAUAGAACAACACAAGAAAUUGAAGAAUAAAUUUGAUACACAGACACAAGCAAAAAUGGAUACAGGAAUUAAACUAAAGACGCAACUCAACGAUUGCCGGAACUAUUUUAAUCUCCUUAAAAAUGCAAAUACCACUGAACGGGCAACGUCACUUAUAAAUUCAAGAAUUCUUGCUACACUCGAGAAAAUCAACGAUUUUUGGGAGGCAAAAAAAAUUCAUUUAGCAGACAUACAAUUUACGGUAAGCAAAUACAACCAGCAACGCGUGGCUUGGGCACAAUUUUUAAUUGGAACGAAAGAAAUUCCUGAGAAAAAAUGAAUGUAUUUAGCAUGUAAUAAUUGUAUAACAUUUAUUUUGUUGAUAAGGUAAUUUUUUAACUCGUUAAUUUCAAACUAAACUUUAAUUGGUUUAUAACGAAAAUAAAAUACAAAAUUACAUGAACAUACAAUUAUAACAAA